AUGUCAAAUAUUUUGGCUGAACGGGGCCAUGUAGAAAUUAAGGAGGAAGAAGACAACUCUAGGGAUUCCGGGUUCUCAUCUGGCCGUGCUUCACCUGAACCUCACAAUAAUGAUAAAUAUACUAACAUUCGUUUUGAUGAUGGCAGUAAGGUUGCGGAGAACGACCAGAUGGACAUGUUUUGCGAAUUCGGUUUCGAAAACACUAAGCUCGAGGAGAGAUCUUAUAAAACCCAACUAAUCCACCGAAUUCCACUUGCCGAUUGCACUAACACGAGCUAUUCCAGUCAGAGUAGUAACAGAAGUUUCACUACCUCUCGAAGCAUGAAACAAUGGAUUGAUUCCCCUUUAACUACUGUCUGUUCUCAGCCAGAACCAAGACUGCUUUCUUUCUCGAUGUUUGAUUCAACUACUGAUAUUUCUUUCUCUGAAAGAUCCCAACGCUUUACCGUACUCGAUGAAAGCUCCGGUCAAAAUGACGGAUGUGGUACUCGAUCACAACCUCUUCGAAGAACUAUGAGUGAGCACAAGGAUAGGUCUCAAAGGAAGCGUAGCAUUGAAACUAGGGCUGAAAUGGAGAAUAAGAGAAAAAAGAGUUCGCCUUCGAAUGUGGAAGACUUGGAUAUUGAUUUCGACGAAAGUGUGUUUACAGUUGACGAUGAUUGUUCCCCUAAUCUUUCGACGUGGUCGUUAGUCUCACAACAGAGAAGCUUGCCAAGGGCAACAAGUUGUGGAGUACUGGAAAUGGGAGAACAUCAUUCAAGUCCUAAUUUACCCAAAAUUAUUGAAGUAUACUCUCUUCCAACUGUGCCGAAGCCUCAAACAGAUUCACAGGCUUUUAGAAGUAUUUCAGCCGAGACACUUGCAAGUGAACUGAGAAAGUGGGGAGAAAAAGAGUUUAGUGAGAGGUUCACCUUAGUUGAUUGUCGUUAUCCUUAUGAGUACAACGGAGGUCACAUCAAGACGGCCAUGAAUAUUCAUGACCAAAACGAGUUAGAGGCGAUAUUCUUCCCUCUCGAUUCUUCAGCCCCGAUCAGGAAAAGAAUUCCCAUCUUUUACUGUGAAUACAGUCAGAAGAGAGGACCUGGAAUGGCUCAUCGUCUUCGCUCUUUGGAUAGAAGCAGAAACGAGCUUCAAUAUCCCUUAGUGGACUACAAAGAGAUCUAUCUCUUAGACCAUGGAUAUAAGAGCUUCUUCUCUGAAGAAUCCCAUCAACUCGAUUUAUGUGAACCUUCGAGUUAUGUUGCCAUGCGUGAACCUCAGCAUUCUAAACAACUAACUGCUUAUAAGUGGCAUAAAUCUAAAUCGUCUCACCAUUUGGAUAGACAGGAAAGAGCGACCGGAGGAUGUGACCGUUUUAUAUCGCGAAGGAGAGCUUUGUUCACGCGGCAUCUAUCUAUGGGUACCUUAAACGAGGUUGAUACGACACCUUGUACUUCCCGCACGAGGUCUAUGGCUUCUGAAACCUCAUUGCAUGAAUCAGAAGGAAGUUCUGUUGCUCAACGCCUCAACUUUGAAAUGGAUAGCCCUGACAAUUCUUGCUCUGAAUAG